AUGUCCGAUAGCAGUGACAAUGCUACUUUAAAUGGUUUAGAUAAAGAAAAGGAAUCACAAACAAAAUUAGAGGAUAACAAUGUAGAAAAAUCAGAGUCAGAGGUAGUAACAAGUGUUGAUGAAGCAACAGACACAAAAUCAAUAAAUAAUAGUGAUAAUAUUGUAAAUAAAGAUACUACAGAUACAACAACAACAACAAAUACAACAGCAACAUUAGAAAAGCCAACAAUUGAAACAGAUGAUACAUUAAAAGAAACAACUACAACAGAUUCAAAAAUAUUUACAGAUGAUAAAAUAGUUACAGAUGAUAAAAUGGUUACAGAUGAUAAAACAGAUUCUAACAAAAUAGAGGAACCAAUAAAUAAUGAUAAACAAGAACAAUCUUCAGUAACAUUAUCAACAACAGAACAAGAAUCAAAAGAAUUAAAAGGACAAGAACCAAAGGAACAAGAAUUAAAAGAUCAAGAACCAAAAGAACAAGAAUCAAAAGAGGAAGAAGAAAAACCAAAGGAACAUGAAUCAGAAGAAGAAAAAAAACCAAACCUGUAUGAAGAGGAUGAUGAAGAUUUAGAACCAAUUGCAUCUGGUGAAGUUGCAAAUACUAAAACAGUAACAGAAGAAACAACAGCAGCAACAACAACAACAACAACAGCUACAACAAAACCAACACCAAAACCAUUUUUAACCAAAAAAUUUGAAACAGUUGAUUUAAAUAAUAAUAAUAUUUUAUUCAAUCAAGAAAAGAAAACAAUAAAGACACAAUCAGCAUUAAAUAAAAUCAAUGAAUUACCAUUACCUGAUCCACUACCAGAGGUGGUUGAAAUCUUUGAAAAGAAAACAAUUUCAAACGUUUUAUAUUAUUUAGUCUCUUUGAAACAAACUAAAAAUCGUUUUUGGUUAACAACUGAACAAAUACCACAACAAAUGAUCAAUUCAUUCGAACAACAAUUUAAAUCAACUUUUGGUGUUUUUGAAUUAAUACCACCAAAAAAAGGUAGAAAAUCUGCUAAUAAUAAAAAUAAAAAUAAUAAUAAUGAUAAUAGUAGUGAUGAAGAAGAUAAUGAUAGUGAUAGUGAAGAAGAUGAUGAUGAUAAUGAAAGUGAAUCAUCUGAAAAUGAUGAUAAUAAAAAAUUAAAAAAGAAAUCAACUACAAUCCCAAAUAAAGGUAAAGCUUCUAAUUCAACAACAACAGUAAGUGGUAAAAAAAGAGGUCGACCUUCUAGUUCAUCUAAAACACCAACAACAAAAACACCAACAAAAACACCAACAAAAUCAUCACCAAAACCAAAGAAGAAACCAGUUUCAUCAGAAUCUGAAAAUGAAUCAGAGGAUGAUCAUUCAGAUAAUGAAAUUAUAAAAAAACAAAAAUCAGCAACAUUAGUAGAAGCAUCACCUAUUUCUUCAAGAGGUAGACAAAGAACAGCUACUGGUAAAGGUUUACCAAGAUAA